AAAUUGAAAACGUCAAAGAAACGUGGUUUUUAUUUCUUGCUUGCGGUGCUUGUGUUCAUUACAAUUUUUUUCCCUUAAAUUUUACCGACAAAUAACAAGAAAUGGGUAAAGUAAAGAAGGAAAACGAUGAUGCUAACGAAAGCAAAGUGAAGGAAGAAGAUCUGUACGAUGAAAAAGUGAAAAACGCCAAUAAAAUUGCUUCUCCCAUGGCUUCAAAGAAAUUGACCAAAAAGUGCUACAAACUCAUCAAGAAGGCGGUCAAACAGAAAACAUUUCUCCGCAACGGGUUGAAAGACGUCCAAAGCCGACUGAACAAGGGCGAAAAGGGAAUCGUAAUAUUUGCUGGCGAUGUAACACCCAUUGAGAUCAUGUGUCACUUGCCGGCCGUCUGUGAAGAUAAAGGCAUUCCAUAUGCGUACACGCCGAGUCGACUCGAUUUGGGAGCUGCAAUGGGAGUCAAGCGUGGAACCGUCACGCUGCUUAUUCGUGAACAUCCCGAUUAUCAAGAACAGUUUGAUGAACUUAAGGCGGAAAUUAGCACAUUAGCUGCGCCAGUGUAGGGUUAAGACAUUUUUUUUUAAAUAUGAAAAUUCAUUUUGUUUGAAUUACAAACUUAUCAUAAGUCGAAUUCCA